GGAGAGGCGAAGGAGGGCAAGGGCAAGGAGAAGGGCAAGUCCAAAGACUCUGGGAAGAAGGGCAAAGGUACCAACGACGACGGCGAAGAGAAGGGCAAGGGCAAGGGAAAGGGAAAGUCCGAGGAUUCGAAAGGUAAGAAGGGAGGUAAAGGCUUCGCAAAAGGGGGGGAAGGCAAAGGCGAAGGAAGCAGGAAAGCCGAUGCUACGCCCAGCCCGAAGACCGUGGCGGAGGUGGAAGCUGAAAUGGCGAAGGGCAAGGGCAAGAUUGAAAGGGUGAAGCGCAGCCCAGACUCCGGGGCCAAACAGCCCAUCGAAACGAAGGGCGAGAUUUGCCAGGUGCACAAGCACAGCAGCAUGGGCUGUGCUGUGGUGUCCAUGCAGUCUGCCAGCAUGCGGGAGGCCAUCAUGAACUUUGCCGAGCAGAGGUUCGGCCGGAACGCUGCGGGCCGUGUCCAGAUGGACAUCGGCGAGGUCAAAGUGCAGCUGAAGCGGCACACCGACAAGCAGACUAAGCGAGAGGUCGUCACAGACAUCUUCGUGGCCUGGGGCCACCAGCAAGAGAAGGACUCCCCGCUUACGGUGGAGGACAUCGCGGAGCGCUUCGACCAGCUCUACCAGGAGGCCCUGGCGUCGCCUGUGGAGGUGCCGCCGGCGAUACCAGGAAAGGCGACAGCUGCAUCCCCGCCUCCGCCAGCGGCUGCCUCCACUGGCCCAGCGGGUGCGGCAGCAAACCCUUACCUCAGCGCCAUGACGAGCAAUGCUGCCAUGAACCAGUACCUCCAACAACAGUACCUGGCACAACAGGCGGCUGCGAUGGCUUAUCACCAGCAGUUUGCGCAGCAGCUCAUGCAGAUGUACGGAAACCAGGGAGGACCAGGUGGCACCUCCUGGGGCAAAGCUGGCAAGGGCAAAGGCUUUGGUGGGAAGAGUAAAGAUGGCAAAGAUGGCAAAGGAAAAGCAGCGGGAGAGCCCGUACCAUUUUCGGCCCCGCCGGCUGAUGAUGCGCAGGAGGCGGGCCAGGCGGACCAGGGAAAUUCGCCGGAGGGCGGCUUGGCCGACUUUCAACCGGCAAAGCCGCGGCUCCUGCAGAUUGUGGACCCAAACAGUGGAAAGCCGAUCGACACCAUGGGCAUGAAUUUUGCCCCGCGAAAGCCGUCGACGCCACUGCAGAUCACCAAUCCCAACACGGGAGAG